AGAGGCACUGAUCAGUAGCAGGAGGGCUUCAGUUGUCCACCGUCCGCUUUCCAACAGCUAUCAUGCAACUGACACAUCUGGCAGCUGCAGUCAUAUUUGGGGUUGUGAUACCUCAGAUAUUCAGCAUUUCAUUUCCACCUUCUGACUGUCUGGUUGCUGUGGACACCUGCAUGUCAAAUCUAUGCAAGUGGAGUGAAGAGGCUUUUUACGGCAGCAUCUGUGAGGAUGAAGGUUGCCAAAUAAAAGGCUCAGAGGUCUGUAACUUGACCAUCCAGACUGUACUGGACCAAUUUCCCUCUCUGCACGGGUGUGUGUGUGCCUGGGAGGAGGAGCUUUGUGACUCUAUACAAGCGCUGGCCACACAAUGCCACCAAAAGCCAGCAGCUCAGAGGAGGAGGAGCACAUUGAUGGACUGGCAGUCAAGCAGUUUAAUAGGCUAUGUACACAAUGGUUUUGCAUCAUGCUUGGACCAAAUGACAAUUUGUGUCAGUGAUCCAGUUUGCAACAGGUACCUGGCACCUGUCCUCACGGCAUGCACGCCCCAACAGUGUGACCGCGACCGCUGUCAGCAAGUGACUCAACAGUUCUACGGCAGCAUGCCACGCAAUGUUGCAGAGAUGCUGGUCAUGUGUGAGUGUGAGGCUUCGGAUCAGAGCUGUCUGGAUGUGAACACUGUUCUGCAUAGAGGUACAUGUGGACCGCAGACCAGAAUCUGCCAGGAUACAGUUAACCAGUGUGUUGAGGACAGUCACUGCAGAGACCUGUUAAAAACCUUCCGGGCCAAAUGCUGGAGCCCUGAAGAAGCACAAUGCAGCUCCAGUGACCUCGAAAAUGAUGAAUGUAUCACACAGAUGGAUUCAGCUCUCAUCCUUGGUGCGGAUCCUGAAUGUAAAAUUGCCUUCUUGGCCACUUUGGGCACAGCACUUCACUAUCCUUGUGCAUGCGAAGGACUGCACAAUAAUGAUCUACUGACAUGCAACAUGAUUCUUGAUGUGUUUCAUAACAGAACACACUUCAUUAAAUCUUGGAAAAGCAGCAGUGGUCCAACUAAACCUCCUGAAAUCGAUGAAUCUGAGCAAGGUCAUACAUGGUCACUUGAUUAUCUACUGUAUGCUUUUGCAACUGUGCUACUUGUUGGAGUUGUUGUAUUAAUGCUUCUGGCUGUUGUCAGUAAAAUAUGGAUGUUGAGAAGACACAAAACUAAAUUUCACCAUCCGCAGGAGGGCAAUUGUGUUAUUCCCUGAUGUUUAUUCAUCUGUUAAAUGUUUGUCUUGAAAAUCAUAAUUUUUUUAAAUUUCCAAUGUUGUUCCUUAUUAUCU